AUAGGUUUGAAAAGUUGUUACAUAUAUACUAAAUCGAGAAAUUCUGCAUCGCACAUUAUCAGCAAAAACCAGAAACAACAAGGAGCGUUGUUUGUUGCUGAAGAACUUCUCUCUUCAAACAUCAACACCUCACUAGUUGAAUAGCUACGAUGUCUUCAUCAAAUUCACCAUGUGCAGCAUGCAAGUUUCUCAGACGAAAGUGCACUCAAGAAUGUGAUUUUGCUCCUUACUUUCUCCCAGAAAAUCCACAGCGAUUCGCUAAUGUUCACCGUGUCUUCGGUGCAAGCAACGUCGCUAAGCUCUUAAAAGAGCUUGACGUGAAGGACCGUGAAGACGCGGUGAAAUCUUUGGCAUACGAGGCAGAGUCUCGUAUAAAAGACCCUGUCUAUGGAUGUGUAGGUCUCAUCUCAUAUCUCCAACAGAAGUUAAGAGAAACUCAAAAUGAACUCACCGUUGCGAAAAAAGAACUCGCCGGUUAUAAUUUGAAUCCUCAAACCAUGCAGUGCUUAUUGAUGAAUUCUGGAACAGUUUUAAUGCCUCAACAGCAGCAGCAGCAACAGCAACAAUGGAAUUCGCAGUUUGCGGCUUUUGCGAAUUACCCUAACAAUUUUCCUCAAGAGAUGGUUGGAGGAGGUGGACUAGUUAUGCAGCAGCAACAAGAACAUGAGCUUCAGAUGGGUGGUGGAUAUCAAGUUACACCACAAGAGUAUUUGCUUAGGUCUGGUGGUGGAUAUCAGAUGGGUGGUGGACUUCAGAUGGGUGCUGGUGCUGGUGGUGUUGCUGUUUCUGAUCAUGCUGAUGUGGCUCAUCCUUUAGAUAUGGGAAAUUUUGACAAUGGUGCUAGUGGUGGUGCCGGCGGCGGGGUCUAUUAUCAGAUUCCACAGCAAGGAGGAGAGCAACAACAUAAUUAUCAUGUUGGUGUUGCUCAUGCUAAUCCAGUUGAGGCACAGCUUUUGUUAUCUCCACAGAAUCAAGAAGCUGGUGAGGAUGGUAAAAGUGUUGGUAGUGCUCAUCGUUCAAGUUGAUUUAGAUUUAAUUGCUCUUUUUUUUUUUGGGUGUGAAAUUCUGAAUAUUGGUUUGUGUUGAUAUGUGAAUAUGAGGACAUAUCUUUAGUCU